AUGAGUCGUGUGCUGUGUCGAAGUGUGUUGUCCCUGCGGUUAAUACGAGUUCCCAUGGCUCGCAACGCGUCCUCUUACCUUAUUGACGAUCCCAAAUACUCCUUCUUGAAGGAACUGGGACUGCAAGAGAAAAAUGUGGGCGUGUUCAACGGUAAAUGGGAGGCCAACGGCCAGGUAAUAAAAUCCUUUAGCCCAGCUAAUGGCAAGAUAAUAGCGGAGGUACAAGCAGCCAGUCCUGAUGACUACGAAGCCUGUGCGACCGCAGCCCAGGAGGCGUGGCACACGUGGGCGGAGCUCCCAGCUCCCGCCAGGGGAGAGAUCGUCAGACAAAUUGGAGAUGCCCUCAGAGAGAAACUACAACCCCUAGGACAGCUGGUUUCUUUAGAAAUGGGUAAAAUUCUACCCGAAGCUAUUGGCGAGGUGGUGGAAUACAUCCACGUGUGCGACUUGGCCCUGGGUUUGUCACGCACAUUGCCUGGCACCAUCUUCCCAUCAGAGCGACCUGGUCACGUGCUCAUUGAGAAGUGGAACCCUCUGGGAGCUAUUGGCAUCAUCACCGCCUUCAACUUCCCUGUCGCUGUGUUCGGUUGGAACAGCGCUAUUGCCAUGGUGUGCGGUGACGUCAGCGUAUGGAAGCCAUCAGACACCACUCCACUGGUCGCUGUAGCCGUCACCAAGAUUGUGGAGAGCGUGUUACAGAAGAACAAUAUUCCCGGCGCAGUUGCCGCUCUGUGCGUCGGUGGCAAGGACAUCGGCGAGAAAAUUGUAAAGGAUGAGAGAAUGAAACUUGUAUCGUUCACUGGAAGCACAGCUGUUGGACAACAGGUGGGAGUGGAAGUGCAGAGGCGUUUCGGUCGCCACCUGCUGGAAUUGGGCGGCAACAACGCCAUCAUUGUGAACGAGGAUGCCAACCUCGACUUAUUGUUGAACGCUGCGCUCUUUGCGUGCGCCGGCACUGCAGGACAACGGUGCACUACCACCAGGAGAUUGUUCAUUCACAAGAAGGUGUACAGUGAAGUGGUAUCCCGUCUAUCGAAGGCAUUCGCUGGAGUUGUCAGCAGGAUCGGAGACCCCUUGCUCUCCGAGACCCUGAUCGGACCUCUGCACACACCGGCCGCUGUUGAAGCUUACAAGAAAACUGUCGCUGAAGCUAUCAAGCAAGGAGGCAAGAUCGAAUUCGGAGGAAAGGUAAUGGAACGCGAAGGCUACUUCGUGGAGCCGACUAUUGUGACAGGGCUGCCCCACGACUCUCCCCUAGUGAAGACUGAAUGCUUCGCCCCCAUCGUCUACUGCAUCGAGAUCCCAGACCUGGACACCGGUAUCAAGUACAACAAUGAAGUGGAACAGGGACUCUCCUCCAGUCUCUUCACUGAGAACCUUGGUGAUGUAUUCAAGUGGAUCGGACCUCACGGCUCAGACUGCGGUAUUGUCAACGUGAACAUCCCAACAAACGGCGCCGAGGUUGGAGGUGCCUUCGGAGGAGAGAAGGCAACUGGUGGUGGUCGGGAGUGCGGCUCCGACUCCUGGAAGAACUACAUGAGACGCUCCACAGUAACCAUCAACUACUCCGGAACCAUCAAACUGGCACAAAACAUUAAAUUCGGAGACGAAUAA